AUGAAUAUUUCGCUCAGCGAUGUAGGACAUAAAGCACCAAUUGAGAUUUUGUUUGGAGCUGAUGUAUGUUGCAAAUUGUAUACAGGGAGGAAAUAUCAGGUACAGUGUGGUCUUGUAGCAAUUGAAACUUUGUUAGGUUGGACUCUUAUGGGCAAGGUACCGGCAGUUCCUUCUAAUUUCAGUAAAUCUAUGAUGUCAAUUUCAUUGUUCGUUGAUAAUUCUUCUGUAGCAAAACUCUGGGAACUUGAUAUUUUAGGGAUAACCGAUCCUGUAGAAAAAUUGACACGAGAGGUGGCGGCCAAAGAGGCUAAGAAUUUUUUCUAUGAGACUGUCCGAUGUGACAGCAAAGGCAGGUUUGAGGUUAUGUUACCUUGGUUGAACGAACAUCCUUUAAUUUCAGAUAAUUUAGUUGUCGCUAGAAAAAGGUUAGAUACUAAUUUACAUAAGUUGAAAAGGUCCAAUUUGUUUGAAUCGUAUAAUUUAAUAUUCAAUGAGUGGUUGAAUGAGGGUGUGAUCGAAAUAGUGAAUAAUCCCGAAGAGAAUAUAUGCGUACAUUAUUUACCGCACAGGCCCGUUAUUAAAAAUAGUAGCGAAACCACAAAAAUUAGGCCAGUAUUUGAUGCAUCAUCUCAUGAACAGGGCCGUCCAUCUUUGAACCAGUGUUUAGAGGUAGGGCCUAAUCUUGUUGAACUUAUUCCUUUUGUGCUAUUACGAUUCAGACAACAAAAAAUAGGAGUUGUGUCGGAUAUUCGAAAGACUUUUCUUUAA